GCCGGAGACCUGGGGUUGGGCAGAGCCCAGUUCCGUGCAACUUUCAAGUGAGUUGCAAACUCCGCCCCGAGGCCGGUGCAGGUGUCCUGGCGCACUGGGGCCGCGGGAACCUGCACGAACGCAGGCUGCGACCAGCCACCCCUUGCCCGGGAUCCACAGCGCCCCCGGCAGGGGCCGAACGCCUGGUUCUCCGGGGCAGGAAGUGCGCGUCGGAGCCGUAACUGCCCGAGCGGCGGGGCGGAAGAGCGUGCCGGCCGGUACCGGCUCCCGACUCGGUUCCUGCCUGCCCCGGCCCACUGGUCUCCCCAUUCUUCAGGCUUCCAGCACUGCGGAGUUAGUGGGCGGUGGGCUCCGCCUCCACCAAGAGGCAGCCCGAGCGCCCCUGUGGUUCCCACACCUCCACUGUUAAUCCCAUCCCAGCGCAGGCGUGAGCGUCCCUCUGGGCCUCUUCCUGGAGGGAUCUCCCUUCGCUCCCGAGACUGCAGGAUGGUGUCCUGGAUGAUCUGUCGCCUGGUGGUGCUGGUGUUUGGGAUGCUGUACCCAACUUAUGCUUCCUACAAGGCUGUGAAGACCAAGAACAUUCGUGAAUAUGUUCGGUGGAUGAUGUACUGGAUCGUCUUUGCACUCUUCAUGGCAGUGGAGACCUUCACAGACAUCUUUAUUUCCUGGUUCCCUUUCUACUACGAGAUCAAGAUGGCAUUUGUGCUGUGGCUGCUGUCGCCCUAUACCAAGGGGGCCAGCCUGCUUUACCGCAAGUUCGUCCACCCAUCCUUGUCUCGCCAUGAGAAGGAGAUCGACACCUACAUCGUGCAGGCCAAGGAGCGCAGCUACGAGACGGUGCUCAGCUUUGGGAAGCGGGGCCUCAACAUUGCCGCCUCGGCUGCUGUGCAGGCAGCCACCAAGAGUCAGGGCGCACUGGCCGGAAGGCUGCGGAGCUUCUCCAUGCAGGACCUGCGCACCAUCUCCGAUGCCCCCGCCCCCACCUACCAGGAUCCCCUCUACCUGGAGGACCAGGUACCCCACCGCAGGCCACCCAUCGGGUACCGGGCAGGGGGCCUGCAGGACAGUGACACCGAGGAUGAGUGUUGGUCAGACACAGAAGUGGUCCCCCAGCCAUCAGCGCGGCCCCGAGAGAAGCCUCUGGGCCGCACCCAGAGUCUGCGUGUGGUCAAGAGGAAGCCGCUGGGCACCUCGCGCUCCCUGAAGGUUCGGACGAGGAAGAAGACCACGCCUUCAGACAUGGACAGCUAGGGUCUGCGGAGCCUGGCCCGGUCUUACCUCGUGCCCUGCAGGGCGUUGGGACUGUUUGGAGGGGACCUCUGGCUGCACGUCUGGCCUGCCUGCACCAGCUGCCCGGGUGCUGCCCUCCUGACUCUUGCUGUCGGUUACAGGCCACGUGUGGGGC